AUGACUCCUGUUCUCGCCAAUUCUCUCUUUGUCUCUCUACUAGUCCAGGCCGUUCAAAGUGCCGGGCGGAUGGGCCACAUUCCUCUCUCUGUCCCCGAAACAACUCCAGAUGGCGCCUUCGCUGUCCCCGCCGAUUUCUUCAGCUUCGGCGCAGAGUCGGGUUUUUGGGAGGCUUACAACAACGACUUUUCCGAAACAGUAGUGGGUGCUGUUGGCAAUCGUAUGAGCUUGCCUCUUCCCUUUCGGGUCGGUGGGACCAGCGGUGAUGGUCUUGUCUACAAUCCGAACCAGCAUAAUAAAACUUACUGCGACUCGGGCCCGCAAUGUUCCAAGGGGAACUUGGAUAUUUUCCACGUUGGACCGAGCCACUUUGACACGUAUAAGCGAUUUCAAAACGUUACGCUCAUCCUCCAGGCUCCUAUGGCUGUGGAGAUGGAUAUGGACAACAGCGUCGGCUAUAUCAGUGCAUCCAUGAAGGCCCGUGGCAAGGGUCCAGUGUCAGCAAUUGCCCUCGGAAAUGAGCCUAACUGGUUUCUGUACCCAGACAACCACAUGGAUGCGUACGUGAAGGAUGCCUUGGGUCUCGAGGCAAGCAUCACGAAGAACUUAUCCCUCACCGGCGAUGCGGCUCGGAUUUUCCAGGUGGCAGAGAUUGCCUGGGAAAGUAUGGACAACCCUGACUUCAACCUUGCGGGAGUCAUGGAGAGAUUCGACCACAAUAGCCAAAUCAAAUUUGCCUCCGUUCAUAGCUACGGUGUCCAUGGGUAUAAGGAUCAUCAUGUGUACAACGGCACCAAUCUGUUGCAGCAGGAGCUCAUGAACGCUACUGCCAUCAAGAACAAUCUCCAAUCUUACAAGAUCAACGCUGAUUUCAUCCGCUCCUACGACUCUUCCGUUCCCCUUGUGAUAUCUGAGAACGCCAACGCUCUCGGUGUUCCUCCUGUAGAGUGGGCCGGCGGGUUUGGUGCCGCCAUCUGGGCAGUUGCAUUUCACCUCCAAGCGAUGGCGAUCGGCAUUCAGCGCGUGUGCAAUACACAAAACCCUUCAUCGACCCACUCAUAUUGGGUUCCCGAGGCGCCUAACAAGCAUUUCAAACAACCGGUCGUUCAGGGUGUCUUCCCCGCGGCUCCAUUCAUUGCGGACUUUGUCGGGAAAGACGACGACCUCGGCAAAGUUGUUGAGCUGAAUGUGAACAACAACGACUAUUUCAGCGCGUACGGUUUGUACAAUUUGGAAUCCAAUAAGCCAAGACGCAUCGCGCUCGUCAACCUGAGAGUGUUUGAUAAGUCGACCAAUCCUAACCGUGGCACCACCAAAGUAGAGUUGCAGGUGGGCAAUGGGGUGAAGCGGGCCUCGCUCCGGCGCAUGACUUCGGGUUAUGGAGUAUUUGCACGCGGUUAUGACCAGGGUGGCAAGAUAGAAAGUGUCAGCUGGGCCGGGGAAGAGUUCAGCUAUAAGAUGAACAAUGGCUGGGGUCUUGUUACAGGGCAGCAGCAGGAAAGCCUGACUGUGGACAACGGUGUCAUCACAGUCCCCGUGCGGGACACCGAAGCUGUCAUUGUUGACCUAUAG